UUCACAUGCGUACAACGUACUCACGCAUCUGUCAUUGUAGUGAGCUAUAGUGUAUCGUAUAUUACGCUAACGUGCGAACAGUUUGCAGAGACUUUCUGUUUAAGGAAUGAACAACCCGAAUCAUAGGAUGUGUUGGAAAUCAUAUAAAAUGAUGCACGUUGUGCGAAUAACAAUUGCAACUACGACAGGGACGCAUUUUCAACUUUCGGUUUCAAGUUUGGAAUCUGUGCUUGGAUUAAAAUACGCUAUUGCAAGGCGAUUUCGUAUUCAACCAGCUAAAGUGAGCCUCCUACACAAAGAAAAAUUAUUAAUGAUGGGAAGUCUCCUCCAGAAUGGCAUAAUUGAUGGCAGCAUAAUCACCUUGGUCCCCAGUAUGCAGACUGGUUCUCAUAACAUGACUACCAACUCCCGUGUGAUGCAGGCCCUAGAAAACCUUUCAGAAUCUCAGGUUAAUGAUUUCCUCACGGGCCGUGCUCCUCUGCUCCUGGCAAUGAAGCUAGGGGAGCACAUGAUGUUCGUGCAGCUGCAGUUGUCGUCAGCGUCGUGUCUGUCCCGAAGGCGCUCGCAGGGGGUGCAGAACCACUGCGCGCAUUCCACCAGCCACAGUCACAGUACCUCAGAGAAGUCCAAUCCACACAGCGCUGGUGUACACGCUGGGGUACACGGAUGCAAUUCAGGGGCCGUCAUCGACAGUAUCAACCACCUGGGGCAGGGUGUGUACUCCGGAACGUUCUCAGGAACCUUAGAUCCAUCAAUACAUGAGUCUGCAGGGCGACCAAAGCGUGACAUUAACACGAUUCUUCAGAUCUUGAACGAUUUGUUGGUCGCGUCGCCCCAGUUCCGAGAUACGUCCAGAACUUGCUCCUUACAAAAGCCGUACAGUUCCACACAAGAGACACAUUGCCUAGGUAACUAUGAGAAUUCUAGCAUAGGAGUAGCAACAAACGAAAACCUUCAAGGCAAAGUGCAAACAUUGAAAAAGUUGAUGCAAGAACGCAAGCUGCGUAGACAGGAGAAGAGAGGCUUGCGUUCCCCAUACCAGUGGCCAAACAAAUUACAGCACGUCUACCAGAGAAUGCGAACCUCUGGGCCUUUGAACUACGAGGCUUCCACUCUUCCACGUGACAUCGAGGUCACUGCGGGCAAUAAGGAGUCACACAGCGAUGCAAGCCCAGCCUUCGCUGCUUCCACGCAGACCGCAAUAGAACACGAGAGUGUUCUUGUCUGAGACCAUGCAUGCUGUAAUUGCGCAGCAAGUUGGCUCACGUUUGGUUGUGUCUAACCCUUUAGACACAUUGUUUUGUUUCACGGCCUGUGGUCGAUCAUCCACCAUGGCCGUUGUGUAUUUUCUGUGGAGGGUCUGAGAGGGACACUUUUUGCUGAAGUGAUGGUUUUGUGUCACGGACUUGAGAUUUUGACAGUUGUUCAGCCAUGUUCCAUUUGUGUUUGUACUAGUGUUGUAUCAUUAACGUAUAAACUGCACGAUAUAUACCACCAUGUGUGACAUACAUUUCGUAUGACUCAAUACUGCUAGUGUUACAAAGAUUUCAGUAGCAAAUGCAUUGGUACAUUAUAUUUUGAACAAAGAGGAUAUGGCAUGAAUAAUUUAAACAUGUUGAGUGGCAUUUAUUGCUUAAACGUUAACAGCAUGAGGCGAUUAAUAAAUUCACAACGCUGAAAUUUGAAUUAAAGCAGUUGAUGUUUUAUAAUUAGGCAGAGCUGUUAGAAAUGUUUAAAUUGUGGGGAUGUGUUUGUAUAUAUGUACAAAAAUUGCUUUCUUAGAUGUGACAAUAUUGCAUGAAUUAUAUAAUUAUACAGCUAUUAUUCUUUAGGUGUGGUCCUUCAAAUGCAAAGACUUUGUC